AUGAUUCGUGGUUCAGCAAUUUUGAAAAACGUCACCGCACGUCGAUUCAUUUCCUCCGGUAUCAAAUACACUUCGUUAUCCAACGGAGUCACCGUCGCCAGUGAGAUCAACACAGCAGCAACCCACUCGACCGUGGGGUUGUAUUUCGGUGCCGGUUCGAGAUCCGAACACCAAUACAGCAACGGAGUUUCCGCGUUGACCGCCAACAUCUUGGCGCACGCCCACAAUGUCGAAAGCGACGGGGUCUUGACCAGCGCCCACAACUCGAAAGAGGUCAAUGGUGUCGUUGCUGAGACCGCCCACGGCAACAUCGAGACCGCCGCCAAGUUGAUUGCGUCCAUCGCCACCAACGCCGAGCAGAUUGUCUCCCUGGCCGACAUCGAGAGUGCCAAGCACAAGUUGUACCAACAAGCAGCCUACGUCGAGAACGACCCCGAGUCCAAAGUGUUGAGCCACUUGGAAGCCAGCGCUUUCCAAGGCUACUCCUUGGCCUUGCCCACCUUGGGCACCACCGACAGCAUCCCCAACUUGGAAGCGCAGGACUCGUUGCGCCACUUGAGCAAGCAUUUUGUCAACAACAACCUCGUCAUUUCCGCCUCGGGCAACUUUGACCACGAGAGAUUGGUCGAUGUCGUUGAGGCCAACUUGAAGGUUGCCGAAGGCGCCAAGCCCGAGACCAAGCCCGCCAGUUUCUUGGGCUCGGAAGUUAGAAUGAGAGACGACACCAUGCCCAAGGCAUACAUCUCGAUUGCCGUCUCUGGAGAAAGCUUAGCUUCGCCCCACUACUUGACGGCGAAAGUCGCCGCUGCCAUAUUUGGCGAUUUCAACUUGCACUCCACCAAAGCCAAGUACACAUCGCCCAAGUUGGCCUCGAUUGUGCAGGAGUACAACAUUGUCGACUCCUACACCCACUUUUCGAAAUCAUGGUCUGACGCCGGCUUGUGGGGCUAUUACGCUGAGAUCUCCAACAGGUUCACCAUUGACGACUUUUGCCAUUUCUCCUUGAAGCAAUGGAACAGAUUGUCGAUCUCGAUCAGCGAGGCCGAAGUUGCGAGAGCCAAGGCGCAAGUCAAGGCCCAUUUGGCGGCGCAACAUGUCUCACCUGCGCAUAUCUCGAAGGAUAUUGCAAGAAACGUCUUGGCUGUCGGGUACCAGUUUAGCUUGAAGGAGCAAUUUGAUAAGAUUGACGCCAUCACGGUUAAGGAUGUGAAGGAGUGGGGUAAGAAUAAGGUGUGGGAUAGAGAUAUUGUUAUUUCUGGUACUGGUCUCAUUGAGGAUUUGUUGGACUACAAUAGAAAUAGAAACGAGAUGGCUAUGAUGAGAUGGUGA